AUGCAACUCUUCCACGAGAUGUCUCAAAGGGGAUUGGUUGGCAACACAGUCACUUACACCACUCUUAUCCAAGGUUUUUUUCAGGCUGGCGACUGUGAUUCUGCCCAAAUGGUAUUCAAACAGAUGGUUUCUGAUCGUGUGCCUGCCAGUCUUAUGACGUACAACAUCUUAUUAGAUGGGCUUUGUAAUAACGGGAAGCUAGAGACAGCAUUGGUCGCUGGUAAGGUGGGAGAAGCGUGGGAUUUAUUUUGUAGCCUCAGCCUUAAAGGAGUGAAGCCUAAUGUUGUAACCUACACAACAAUGAUCUCAAGAUUAUGUAGGAAAAGCUUAAUGCAAGAAGCGGAUGCCUUGUUCAGAAAAAUGAAAGAAGAUGGGAUUCUCCCAAAUAGUGGCACCUAUAAUACGUUGAUUAGGGCGCACCUUAGAGAUGGUGAACUAGCCGCACCAGCAGAACUCAUCAACGAAAUGAGAAGUUGCGGGUUUGCUGGAGAUACUUCGAACUUUGGCUUGGUCACUAAUAUGUUACAUGAUGGGAGAUUGGACAAAAGCUUCCUCGAUAUGCUUUCCUAAAACAGUUUCAUAAAUCUCGAGAGAAAAUCUGUGAGGUGAAUUUGACGU